AUGCUGACGAGCUCCUGUACAGCCCCUGUUAAAGAUGACAUCGAAUAUGAAGUACGCACCUUCCAGUUGGGUUUCGGUGAUAAGCAGACACCCUACCAGGCAGCACCUUCUCCGGAAGUUGAGAAGCUUUGGAGGGAUCUCUACAGUACCGGAAUACCGAGUCUUAUCCCCCUGGACGCAGCAUUGCAGCUACCAAACAUGACAAUUCCAUUUCCCCACGAUGAAGAGGGUCGCUACAUUAUCUCGCUGGAUGUUUUUCACCAACUACAUUGCUUGGACAGAAAUUUCGCGCGGCACGAUGAAACCGACGAAGAGCUGCUCGGGAUGGACCACAUUGACCACUGCGUGGACUUGAUUCGACAAUCACUCAUGUGCAAUGCAGACACAAGCGUUUUGACCUGGGCAUGGGACAUCGCGACCAAGACCAAUGUACCGCAUGUAGAUGUGGCACACGUGUGUAAGAACUUCGACAAGAUUCAAGUAUGGGCGGCUGGCUAUUCUGCGCACGGCCGGGAGUUUGAUGCCGAAUUCGAGACUGCUAAUGAUACUUUGUAA